AGGAAUCACAUGUGCAUCAAAAUCUAAUUUCAUCGUCAAAUACAUUUAGUAUCGCAUGUCUUGCUUCCUUGAGUGAAUCAACCCGGGGUACAUUUCGGUUGGCCCGCGUCCAGUGGUGUUGUGACAUUUACAGGAGGUGACAAUGGUAGCAAUGCAGAAUAGUUGACCAGACAUGUGAAAUUGAAGUUAUAUGUAUUUACACAUACCGAUAGCCUUAAUUGUCGACCAUGUCGCGAGUACUAAUUGUAGGAGCAGGCUUAACCGGCAGUUUAUGCGCGUGCCUUUUACGAAGAGAAAUACCCCACAAAGUUAAAAUUGUAGUUUGGGAUAAAUCGCGUGGAGCAGGAGGGCGGAUGUCCACCAGUAGAAGUCCAAACGAUCCUUCCUGUAUAGUUGACCUAGGAGCCCAGUAUAUCACAGCUACACCAUACUAUGCACAGACUCACAACAGCUUCUACGAGGAGCUCCUGGCCCACGGCGUUCUGAAGCGGCUGGAGUCCUCCGUCGAGGGCAUGGUGACAAAGGAGGAGGGGCAUAAGAACUACGUCACCCCCGAGGGCGUGUCCUCCAUCGUCAAGCACUUCCUGAACCAGUCAGCAGGGGCCGAGGUGUCCUUCGACCGCCACGUCACCCACGUCCGGCGGCGGGGCGCGGUCUGGGAGGUGACCCGGAAGGGCGGCGCGGGGGAGGAGUUUGACGUGGUGGUGCUCACCAUGCCCGUCCCCCAGAUCCUGCAGCUGCAGGGAGACGUGGCCUCCUUGAUGGGGGAGGACCAGCGUGGGCUGCUGGAGGGGGUGAGCUACUCGUCCAGGUACGCCCUGGGUCUGUUCUACGCCCCCCAGGCUCACAUCCACGUCCCCUGGGCGGCCCGCUACGUCUCCAACAGCCCCUGCAUACGCUUCAUCGCCAUCGACGACAAGAAACGCAGUGCAGAGUCCCCGGACCACGGGCCCUCCAUGGUGGUGCACACCAGCGUUCCGUUCGGCGUGCGUCACCUGGAGCGAGACAAGGAAGAGGUGGAGCCUGUCAUCCUGGAGGAACUCAACAGGCUACUUCCUGGUCUGCCUCAACCAAUCAGUGUCAAGUGUCAGAAGUGGAGGUACUCCCAGGUGUUGACGGCGGUGACAGGCUGCCCUGGUCAGAUGACUCUGCUGGCGGAGCCUCUACUGGUGUGUGGAGGAGACGGCUUCACACACUCCAACUUCGACGGCUGCAUCGAGUCAGCCCUGCGGGUCCUCAGCGUGCUCAAGUCCUCCCUCUGAUGUCCCCCCUCCCCAAACACACACACACUCGAACACACACACACCUCAAACACACACGCACACCUCAAACACACACACACACACCUCAAACACACACGCACACCUCAAACACACACACACACACCUCAAACACAUACAAACAUAGACCUCGCACACCUCACACACACACAUACACCUCACACACACCUCACACGCAAACACACACACAAACACACUGCAGGUCUGCAUAAGCUGUAAUACCACCCAGCACACAGGGGGCACUGUGAUGGCUGUGUGGAUGUGUUCAUCAAGCCAGGCCUGGGAGGGGUUGGUUUCAGAACAAAACGUUAUUCCUUGAAACCUUCCUGUUAGGAACCUUGACCAUCCACUAAACUUGGACAUUCACAGUGUAAAUGUGAAGCCAGAGGAGGCGUUCUGAGGCGGGUGUCUGACCUUGUAUCUAACCCUGACCCUGACCAGGGCCUGCUUAGACUGGUUCAGUCUGGCACACCUCAAUGAAGAACUGUAAAUAUACUUGUUCAUGGUUUGUGGAGAAAAAAAUAAAAUAAAAGUUUCCAACCA